UCUCUUCAUCUCCAUAUCGCGAACUAACAGAACGAGUCUCCUAACAGAACCAACUUUCCUUCUCUCUCUCCCUUCUCUCGCCAUGGAUCCCGCGAGAUCUCUGCAGCCGCCGCCCAGGGAUGAGAUGCAUAGGACCAGCCGCACAUAUCUGCCGGAGCGUUGUUCCUUGGAGGAGGAGCCCUCGUGGUCCAUGCAGUCCGCCAAGGUCGCCCUCGCGGCGCCGUUCGUCGAGGAAGCCCUCGUCGCGCCGUCCGCGGGGCCGGAUGAGAUGCUUUUCGAAGCCGCGCCUUCUGCCAAGUCCGCGCAGUCCGCCAGGGUCGCCCUCGCGGCGCCGUUCGCCGAGGACGCCCUCGUCACGCCGUCCGCCGGGCCGGAGGAGAUGCUAGCCGAUGCCGCGCCGUCCACCAAGCUCGGCGAGGAGGUGCUAGCUGAAGUCGCGUUCACUAGGGCCGCUAAUGCCGCGCCAACAGUCGCGCUCGGUGAGGAGGUCACGCUGGACAGUGCGGCCUCGCCAGCUCUCCCUGUGACGACCAUGGAUGUCGUAUCUGAGAACGUGACUACGCCCAUGGAUGCUGGAUCGUCGCCCACUACGAUUGAUCUCGUUAGAUCUUUGCUCCCCAAUAUUUCUUCUCCGACAGUACAAUACAAUCUCCCUGUACUUCCUGUCCAAAGGUCCAAUGUUGAACCUGUGGAAAAUAUGCCAAGAGUUGAUUGGAAUAGCUUACAUAUAGUGGAAACACAUGAUGACGAAGGUCGAAUUGCACUUUUGAGCGAAAAUCAGAUUUAUGCACUUUUAGGUUUAAGAGAAGAGGGGACUACAAAUGAAUCUGAAUAUGUUGAACAUGGGGUUGAUAAUGAUGAUGAUUGCUUUCGUACUAGUGAUGUUCUACCAAGUGAGAUGGUUAUUUCGUAUGAUAAGGACCACCCUAUAAUGGAUAUUGGUACAAUCUACCCAACAAUGGAGGAGUUCAAGAUGGCAGUACGACAAUUUGCCAUCAAUAAGGAGUUUACUUUAGGGACAGAGAAGUCAGAUAAAAAGAGGUAUAGGUGUUUUUGCAAGUCUAGUCUUGAUUGUCCUUGGAAAAUAAAUGGCACCAAACAUAAAGAGGAAAGCAUUGUAGAGGUGACAGCCUUAACUAACCACCAUACCUGUAUGUCUAACAUGAGGAUGAAAACUAUAACUCCAUCACAGAAGUGGGUAGCUAGUAAGGCCGUGACUAUUCUUAGAGAAUCUCCUAAAAUGGGUGCCAAGGAAUUACAGGAUAAGCUACAGAAACAAUAUUCUGUCACAAUUUCUUAUGACACUGUAUGGAGGGGUAAGGAAAAAGCCCUUGCGGAAAUUUAUGGUAAAUGGGAAGACAAUUUUGAGUUGUUGUUUAGAUGGAAGGCUGAGGUACUUAAGAGGUCUCCUGGGAGUGUAGUGGAGAUUGAUGUACUUGAUGUGGAUGGUCAAGUAUAUUUCAAUCGUUUUUUCUGUGCUCUAAAACCAUGUAUUGAUGGUUUCUUGGAAGGUUGUAGGCCUUAUUUGAGUAUAGAUUCGACAACACUUAAUGGAAGGUGGAAUGGUCAUUUGGCAGCAGCUGUAUGAGUCGAUGGACAUAAUUGGAUGUAUCCACUUGCUUAUGGUUUCAUAGCUUCUGAAACAGAAAAUAACUGGACUUGGUUUAUGCAACAACUAAAGAAGGCAAUAGGUGAUCCUCCACUACUUGCUGUUUGCACAGAUGCUUGUAAGGGCUUGGAGAAUGCAGUAAAGAAUGUUUUCCCAAGUGCGGAGCAAAGAGAAUGCAUUCUUCAUCUUAUGAAAAAUUUUCAGAAAAAAUUUAGAGGCUUUGGCAAGAUGUAUCCUGCAGCAAGAGCUUACAGAGAUGACAUAUUCUAUGAACAUAUGGCCUCCAUUCUAAAUGAAUCAACAGAAGUGUUGAAAUGGUUACAAGCUAAUCAUAAGUUAAAGUGGUACAGAUGUGCUUUCAAUACAGAAAUUAAAUGUGAUUACAUUACUAAUAAUUUAGCAGAGGUAUUCAAUAACUGGAUAAGGGACAUUAAAGACUUGCCUGUGGCUGAGCUUGCUGAUAAGGUUAGAGAGAUGAUCAUGCAAUUAUGGAACAAGCGAAGAAAUAUUGGAUCCAUGCUACCUGAAAAAAGGAUACUUCCAGCAAUUAUGGUCCAGCUCAAAGCAAAUACUAGAGGGUUGGGGCAUUUGAAAAUUGUACCAUCUGCUAAUUGGAGUGCAGAGAUUUGGGACCACAACAACAAAAUUGAAAGGCACAUUGUCAAAUUAAAUCAAAGGACUUGUACAUGUCUUGAAUGGCAGCACACUGGUAAACCAUGUCAACAUGUAUUGGCAUUUGUAACCAGACAACGAGGAGUGGACAUUGAACAGUUUGUGCAUGAGUACUUCUCUGUGAAUAAAUUCAAGGCUGCUUACAGCAGAGAGAUUGAGCCAUUGACAGAUAAAACCCAAUGGCCACAAGUAGAACUACCUUUUGCUGUUGGCGCACCACUUGCUAAGGGAAGUGCAGGGAGACGAAGGAAACUAAGACUAAAAGGAUGUUUGGAAGGUGGCCAAAAAAAGAAAAAUGUUGAAGGUGCUAACGAAGGCGAAAAUGGUGCUGUUCCAAUCAAUGCAAAGGGACAGAAAAUGACAAGGGGACCAAUGACUUGCAUUCGAUGUGGAGAAAAAGGUCAUAGACAAGCUAGUUCCAAGUGUCCACUCAAUGGGACUGCAAAAAAGAGGCAAGUAUAUUUUUUCUACUUCUAAAAUACAACAAUUUAUUAUUAUAUAAUGUAUUGAUUUUACUUGUAGAAAGUGGAAUCAACCUAGGAGGAAUAUUACAAAAGCUAAGCCAAGAGAACUUUGCACACCACACAGGCCAACUAGUGAAGAAAUAUUACGGGAUAGUCCAGGAAGGAUCACUAGAAGCCGCCUUGCGUUCUUGUUAGGAGAGGGCAGUUCUUCCCAGACCAGUACCACAAAUCCUGUGAGAGUUCCAGCAACGUCUGCACCAAACAAGAUGACUCCAAAGAGGAGACUAUACAGUGGAUAAAUGAUUUGUUAAUUCUUUUUACCUUCUACACGAGAUAUGACCUUUUUACGAUGAGAUGUAAACUCGUCACAUUUUUUGAUUAUUUGUGACUAUUUAACAUUUAUGAGAUGAAUAGUUGGAAGAGGUCAGGCUGUUGUACA